AGUUCUGCUAUUCUCAUUCCAGCGUACGUAAGAAAAUCCGGUGUGUAGCCCACAAGCUAGCGGCGUCUGCCCGGGUCGUGUGUGAGCGGCGGUUUCUUUUCUUAAAAAAAGAAAAGAAAACAAGCAUUAUCAUUUUUCUUCUAAGGCUGGUUUAUCUUCUGAAAAGGAGCCCACUUCACGCCGAGAAAUGCUUCCAGCAACUGCUAAGUGGUACGACAGGAGGGAUUCUGUUUUUAUAGAGUUCUGUGUGGCCGACAGCAAAGAUGUUAAAGUUAACUUUGAUAAAACAAAGUGUGGAUUCAGCUGUGUUACUGGAACUGAUAAUGUUAAAUUGGAGAACCAAAUAGAUCUUUUUGAAGCUAUCGAUGAAAAUGAAUCAAAACAUAACCGCACAGAUCGUUCGGUCUUGUGCUAUCUACGAAAAGCACAACCGGGAAAGGCGUGGCCAAGACUAACAAAAGAGAAGGCUAAGGUGUCUUGGCUGAGUGUCGACUUCAACAACUGGAAGGACUGGGAAGACGAUUCAGACGAGGAGUUGGGCAACUUUGAUCAAUUCUCAAAUAUGAUGCGCAACAUGGGAGGAGAGGAUGACCUGGAUAAUCUAGAUGUUGAUGCAGAUGGUGCAGAUGAUGAUGACUCUGCAGAUAGUGACGAUGAGAAAAUGCCGGACUUGGAGUAAGGUGUUGUAAAGAAGAUGGAAGAACGGAGGAUGAGGGAGAAAUCUUAACAAAUGUAUAUCUUGAAACUGAAGACAGUGACAACCAACUGUACAUAUGAGUCAGUAGCCAUAUUUAAAUCCAUAGCCUCCGCUCCAAACUCUUUGACCAGUCGGUCUACCUAAGGUUGAUUUGCAUGGUAUUGUACAGAGCAGCUAUCUCCAUGUCCAUUUGCUGUACUGCACCUGUUUUGGGGUAUCUUGUUUUAAUGUUAAAUAUUACAACUAAGCACACAUUUUAUUUGUUGGGGAAAAACUGUCUAGUUGUACCUAACGGAGCAAUACAUGUUAAAAGUUGCCGUUUUUCAAAUGAGUUGCUUGAAAAUGAUUGGACCCCCUGUAGGUGAUGUUGUGAUUUUAAAGAUAGUCCACCUAGUGUAGUGUAUCUCAUGAUUUAAGAAUUAGAUGCAUUGACUGAUUGGGUCCUCUAAAGACUUCCAUGUGCUGUAAUUUAGUUAUCCAGGAAGCCUGUUUCUGUAGCUUGAUCUUGCAGCUUACAUGUCCCCCUUUCACUUAUGAAGUGUCUGUAAACCUGGAUCAAUCUAAAACCAUCACAGGAUGACUUGCUUUUCUCCAGUUGUCACCUACUGCAACAACAGAUUGGUUUCCAUUAAUUGGUUGAAUUCAUUAAAAGCUCCUCUCUUAUUCUGUCACCUAGCUUUCACAUAUAUCUGAUAAGAGGCGAGUUAAAGUGUUUUGCAGCUGUUAAAGUUUGGUUAAGCCUCAGAAUUAUGUGGUUUGUUGCUCUCCUACAGUUUUUUUUUUAAACCCAUACUCCCUCCUGGUUUUUGGACAUUGUUGGAACUAAAAUAAGUAAUGACCAAAUCAUAUUUGCACUGUUGAAAAUGUAAGAAGCAAGUACUAUUCAAUUACAGUGAAAAUGUUUUUGUUUUUUACUGUCUACAUCUUUCUAAUAAACAGUUUAAGAAUCGA